ACCUCUGAACAGUAUUUUGGUAACACUGACAGUAUCAGCUGUGAUCAGCUGGUACGCACGUGUGUUUGUAUAGUGGAAAGGAAGUGUCAGUUGUGAUAAUUAUAAAAUCCGGCAUAUGAGUUUUGAUGACAAUUGCUGAAAUUCUUCUGUAAUUUGUAAGGCUAUCGAGAUAUUUUGUUUUGCUAUUGUUGGAUCGAGUAAAUUUCAUCUAAAACUUUUACGUCAUGUUGGUGAUAGGUUAAUAUAGUAUUGUCUAAAGUCAAAUUUUCAUAACUUCGAAAUUUUCUACAUUGUUUGGUCACCACCUAUAUUUUCGUCAUUCAUAUAUGAGAGAUUCGUAAAUUUCAGAAUGAGACAUUUGCUUAAACCUUCCAACGCUCUUAGGUUUCUCUGGAGAAAAAUGUCCACUCAAGAAAAUUUGGUAGCAGUUUGUCAGAUGACUUCAAGAAACAAUAAAAGUGAAAAUCUAAAAACCUGCAGAAAUCUUAUUGAAAAGGCAUCUCUGAAAGGCGCCAAGAUGGUAUUUUUGCCUGAAGCAUGUGAUUAUAUUGGUGAGAGCAGAACUGAAACGCUACAAUUAGCAGAACCGUUGAAUGGGCCAUUAGUGAAUCAGUAUCAAACCCUUGCUAAACAAUUCAAUGUGUGGAUUUCACUCGGUGGAAUUCAUGAAAGGAUUUCUGAUGAGAAGGUUAGAAAUGCACAUGUUAUAAUAAACAGUGGGGGUGAAAUUGUUGCUGUGUAUCAUAAAACCCACUUAUUUGAUAUAGAUAUGCCAGAUAAAUCUGUGAGAUUGAGAGAAUCAGAUUAUGUUGAACCAGGGAAGCAAAUAGUACCCCCUGUUCUCUCUCCAGUGGGAAAUGUUGGAUUGUGUGUAUGUUAUGAUAUGAGAUUUCCAGAGAUGGGAAUCGCCCUGCGUGGCUCAGGAGCACAUAUAUUAACAUAUCCAUCAGCUUUCACUGCAAGCACUGGAGCAGCUCAUUGGGAAGCACUGUUAAAAGCCAGAGCUAUUGAAACACAGUGCUAUGUGAUAGCUGCUGCUCAGACCGGGCAACAUAAUGCCAAGAGAGCUUCAUGGGGCCAUGCAAUGGUAGUUGAUCCAUGGGGGACUGUUAUUGCUCAAUGUUCUGAAGGUGUAAGUGUUGUAACAGCUGGUAUAGAUCUUUGUUUUUUAGAGCAAGUGAAGACUAAAAUGCCAAUUUGGAAUCAUCGUCGAUUUGAUCUUUACCGAAAAAUUUCACUUGAUAAAAAUCUGCAUGAUCAAAUGCCUGGAGAGCCAUAUCAGUUUGGCCAAUGUAUAAUUAAAGAUGGUCAGGUGUUUUAUCAGACAGAAUAUACCUUUGCCUUCACUAAUAAAAGAUGUGUUCUUCCAGGGCAUGUCCUUGUUGCUCCAAAACGUUGCGCUAAACGUUUAGUUGACCUAAGCGAAGAAGAAAUCAGAGACUUAUUUGUAACUGCUACAUCAGUGCAAAAAGUUGUUGAACGUUGUUAUUUAGCAACUUCAUCUACUAUUUGUGUUCAAGAUGGGAAAGAUGCUGGACAAACAGUAGAGCACGUUCAUGUACACAUCAUACCUCGAAAACCAGGUGACUUUGCUAGGAAUGAUGAUAUAUAUGGUGCUCUGGAAAUGCACGAUAAGCAGGGUUCUGAUAGAGAGGAGUCUGAAAUGUUUGCUGAAGCUGUGAUGUUACGUAGAUUUUUCUCCUAGUUAAAUGUGGUGUAUAUAUUUUUAUAUAUUUUCUUUUUCUUAUAGCUCAUUGAAAUUCUCGUAUCAACUUCAAUUUGUGAUUGUCCCAGUACAUUCCCCUUUCUUUGUGUAAACUUCUUAUGUUAUGUUUCUAUACUAUUGUUCAUUUUUAUUUUAUUGACAGGAUUAAAUGUUUUUAAUUUUUUGUCAUUGUCACAGAUUCAAAUCUGUUACUUUAUGUUCCCAGACAAAAGUACCAAUGGCAUACUAUUGAAAAGUUUCUUAUGUAUAAAACAAUGUAUAUGAAUAAAGGUUGAUUGUAGUAUA